CUGAUAAAUGUAGUGCAUGAAAACGUUAAAUAUUUCUCUGAGAUGUAGCUUAGUGAUGUGGAAAGUUGCAUGAAAAUGGAAAACUCAGCUAAAGUACAAGUACAGUACUUGAAAUGUACACAUAAUGUAUCUUGCAGUACCACCCCGGGCUGUGGGGAGUCGCUGUUUCCCCGCUGUCUGGCUCAUAUCCAACAGACCCGGAUCUUUGCAGGAACUUAGCGGUCAGUUAGCAACAACAGCGGCGGCAUCGGCAGUAGCUUCGUGAUGAACAGACAACUGUUAAUGAGAAAACUACUAACUACGUUCUAAUUACGCUUUUGUCCAAACUUCAAUCAUGCGUGGUAGGCAGGAGCGCAUGCAUGACGCCUGAUCAAACGGGUGUAUGGGGAAUUAUUGAUUAGUUUCGUGGAAGAAAGUUGUUGUUUUCCUGAGCGGGGAGAGAGUUUAUUAUGAGGAGAGGAAUGAAUCAUCAGUGAGAGUGGAUCCACCGCUACUGCUGCUGCUGAGCUAGCAGGCUAACAGGCUCGCUGUCAGGAUGAGGAGGCUUUAAUAAACUUUAUCAGCACUUGGGCUCAGUGACAGUAACAGGUAACAUGGACUCGCUGCUGGACUUUGAGGAGUGUGUCAAAGAUUCACCCGAGUUCAGACUGAAGCUGGAUCAGUUUGAGACGGAGGUUUCUCUGCUGGAGAUACAAGUGGACAAGGUGAUGAAGUUGUGUGGUAAGAUGGUGAAGGCGGGACAAACGUACAGCGCAGCCAAUCAGCUGUUCCUGAGCGGCCUGGCUGAGCUCUCCACGUGCCACAGGAAGGACGGCGUCAUCGCUAACUGUCUGAACCAGUUCCACCAGGGCCUGCAGGAGAUGGUCAGCUUUCACACUAUGCUUUUUGAUCAGACGCAGAGAGCCAUCAUGCAGCAGCUCACCAACCUCUGUACACAGUUCCUGCCCCAGCUGGCUGAGACCAGGAGGGAGUUUGUUCGGAUUGGGGAUGACCUGGAGACGGCGGCGGUAAAAAAUGCUCAGGUAUCUCGGCACAAAGCCACCGAUGCUGAGCGGGCGAGUCACCUGUUGCUCGCCACACGCAAAUGCUACCAGCACUUUGCACUGGACUACUGUCUGCAGCUGAACACCUUCAAGACUCAGCAGAAACUCGACAUCCUAAACUCAGUGUUCUCCUUUGUCCAUGCUCAGUUCACCUUCUUCCACCAAGGCUUCGACCUGCUCAGAGACCUGGAGCCCACCAUGAAGACCAUGGCAGCACAGUUGUCCCAGUUGUCAGCAGAUUGUGCUGCUAAGAGAAAAGAUCUGGAGAACAAACACCUGCUGGUCCAGCAGAGAGAUGCUUCAGGGGAGCCGAUGGUCAGCCCGUGUCCUGGGAGCGACGUCAUCAUCCAGGGUUACCUGUUCAAACGCUCCAGGAGGAAAUCCAGAACCUGGAAGAGAUGCUGGUUUUCCAUCAGAGAUAAUCAACUUAUGUACAGGAAGUCACACAAGGAGGAUGCUGUGGUUCUCUUUGACGACCUCAGACUGUGUGCUGUCAAAUCUCCGGAGCACAUCGAUCGACGCUUCUGCUUCGAGCUGCUCUCCGUCCAAAAGUGUUGUGCUCUGCAGGCCGACUCGGAGCAGCUGAAGCAGGCCUGGCUCAGCACUCUGCAGGGCAGCAUCGACCUCGCCUACAGAGAGAGAGCCGGCACGCCGCUCACACAGCCCAAAGAGCCCUCGCCUCUUGUGUGUGGUGGAGACAGCUCACCGGGCCCCCCCACUCAGAGGCCGCCAGCCCUGGGCGUGGCCCUGAGAGUCCCUGGGAACGAGCGGUGCUGUGACUGCGGGGAGGAGGCGCCUCGCUGGGCCUCCAUCAACCUGGCAGUCACCAUGUGCAUCGAGUGCUCUGGCAUACACAGGAGUCUGGGUGUUCACCUGUCCAAGGUACGAUCUCUCACUCUGGACUCAUGGGAGGCUGAACAGCUCAAGCUGCUGUGUAUUCUGGGAAAUCGAGUCAUGAACCAGAUCUAUGAGGCACGAUGUUCAGAGGAAGGGCGAGUCAAACCCAAAGCCGAGAGCCCGCGAGCGGAGAAGGAGCUGUGGAUCAAAGAAAAGUACGUGGAGAAGAGAUUCGUACAGAGCAGCAGCUCAGCUGGAGCUCGGUGUGCUAAGGAUGACACCGGCCUGCGUCUGUAUCGGGCUGCGUUGGCUGGAGACGUGGUUGCCAUGGCAGCGGCGUUGGCCGAGGGGGCGGAGGUCAACGGGAGUGUUGCUGAGGAGGAGGGACGCACAGCCCUGAUUGGAGCUGCUGUUGGGGGGUCGCUGUUGGCCUGUGAGUUCCUGCUGCAGAAUGGAGCAAAUGUCAACCACCGAGAUCUGAGAGGACAGGGGGCGCUGCACGCCGCUGCCAUCGCUGGACACACUGGGCAGGUGUGUCUGUUGUUGAAGAGAGGAGCCAAUCAGUAUGCAGUGGAUGAGAGGGGACAGGACCCAUUGGCCAUCGCCGUGGAAACAGCUCACGCUGACAUCGUCACGCUGCUGCGGAUGGCCAGGAUGAAUGAAGAGAUGAGAGACUCAGAAGGGGUCUUUGGAGCUGCGGGAGACGACCAGACGGUUCAGGACAUCUUCCGUGACUUCAGUGAUAUGGCCUCGCAUGACCCGGAGAAACUCACCAGACGACAGUUCAGCCGGGGAGGAGAGGAAGAUGAGGAGGAGGGGGAGGAGAAACGGUGAACAGUGAAGACAAGGUUUAGAAGAUGGCAGAAAGUCCCUCUCCUAAACAGGAUUCAUUCAUGUACAGUUACUGUGGUAGGAUCAAGUGUUACCAGUGUUCAGGAUGAUGGAGGAGGAACUGUGACCUCAGUUGGUCUUUAUUGUUAUUAAUCUGCAGAUAAUUGUUUCCAAGUUGUCAUUUUGUGAGUCACCUCUGUAAAUUUGUCAAGUAUCCAGUACUGUCUUAGAAAACCUCCGUCUGAGAAGCUGGGAUCACAGAAGUUUUCUGUAAGCAGGGAAUCUGCAGGUCAAAGUCUGAAUAAUUCCCUCUCUGCUUUCAGCAGGCUGCUUAUAAAGUGUAAAGCUCGUUACAAAGCCACUUCAUCGCAUUGAGUUUCCUUUAAAAAGAGAGUUGAGAAAGCAUCGUCUCAUCCUUAAAUAUAAGUUGAACCCCACUUAAAGACUGACAGGACUUUAUUACUCCCAGUGGGGCACUGCUCCAACAUCAUCCAUCCAUUAUCUACACCGCCCUGAGCAGGGUCACGGGGGGAUGGAGCCAACGCUGACACUGAGUGCGAGGCGGGGUCCGCCCUGGACAGGUUGCCAGUCUGUCACAGGGCUGACGUAGACAAACGACGACACACACUCCUACGGGCAA